AUGCGCUCCCGUAAGAAACGCCUCCGCUGCGAACUCUUCCCUGCCCCCCGCCUGCCGGAAAUGUCCCGCCCUAGUCUCCGAAUGCCCGGGCUGUGGCGGAAAAGAGACCUUUCAUCUUUCGGGGGACCCCCUCUCAUUCUGACGCAAAAGGACGUCGUCAUCCGGGUCCGGGACGCAGAUCCGCCGCCGGAUCACCACCGCGAUCGCGGCCGGAACCGACAGCACACAAGCAGCCACCAGGCCCCGGCCCCGGCCCCAACGUCCAUCCUUGGCAUCCGUCUUUGGCAUCCGUCCUUGGCUUCGGGUGCCGAUCGCCAAGAACGGCCGGACCGGUCAUGGAGCUGA